GAGGGCGGUCUGGCGGUGGUGUUUCCUGUCCCAGUGGCAGUGGCCGCUGUGCGGGGCUCAGUCGCAGUUGGGUUUUAUCGGCGGGAGUGAGAGGAUUGGAGGAGGAUCGGGGCUUCCUUCAGGGGCAGUGGAUCGAGCAGAGAGCGGAGUCCACUACUGUGAGAUGGGCUUGAGGUUCAGUGUGAAGCACUUGGCUGGAAUAUUUGGAUUGGACUUUGCCUGUGUUACAACAGUGCUUUGAAUAAGAAGAUAUUCAAACCCUUCAGUUCUGCUGAAGGGUCAUGAGGACUCGAAACGUCAACUCUUUUCUUCUCCGCCGAUGCUGCCAGACCUGCUGAGUUUUUCCAGGAAAAGCUGUUUGAACUGACAGAUACAUCAUAAAAUUAAAGUUGGAAUUAUGAGACUAUCAGGUUCAGUAAAGUUUGCAGUGGCUGUUGUCGUGUUUUUGCUGGUGGGAUAUUUCACAUUACAAAUAUUUGAAAUCAAAAUCGAUGCAAAUUUGGGAUCAAUACUUGCUAAAUAUUUAGCCAGAUCACAAGCUGAAGUGGAAGCAAAGCCAACAAAACUGCUGAAGUACAAAUGUAGUCUUGCAAAGCCUUGUCCUGAGAACCAUUUUGCAUUCAAAAUGGCAAGUGGAGCAGCAAACGUUGUUGGACCCAAAAUCUGUGUGGAAGAUAAAAUAAUAAUGAGUGGCGUUAAAAAUAAUGUUGGUCGGGGGAUGAAUAUAGCUACAGUAGAUGGUAAAGCUGGGAAUGUAUUGGACACAAAAGUUUUUGAUCUUUGGAGUGGAGAUGUAAAACCUUUCAUUGAUUUCCUGAAGACCUUGCAGGAUGGAACAGUAGUGUUCAUGGCUACUUAUGAUGAUAGUGCAACCAAACUUAAUGACGAAGCACGAAAGCUUGUAACUGACUUGGGGAGUUCAUCUUUCUCAAAUCUUGGCUUCAGAGAUAACUGGAUUUUUGUUGGUGCAAAAGGCAUUCAAUCAAAGAGCCCUUUUGAACAGCACAUAAAGAAUAAUAAAAAUACAAACAAAUAUGAAGGCUGGCCAGAGGUUUUAGAAAUGGAAGGAUGUAUUCCUCAGAAAAAGGACUAAGAGUCAUGCAUUCCACAGCAAAAAAGUUAUAUUUUGAAGUUAUCAUUUUCUUUGUUUCAUGAUGUUGAAUUCUCAAAGCCAGUUUUAUUUUAAACUUAUCGAUUUGUUUGGCAGUUUAGCCUCCUGAUCUGGAAAUGGAAGCUAGACUAUUUUUCUUAAAAGUGCUUGAAGGGUGCAGUUUUCAGUUCUAAUAAUACUUCUGCUUAGAUUUUUUUUAAAAGAACCUGCUGAACCUUUUAGUGUCUGAAUUUGGCGUCCAUACCUGAACGAAGAAGUUAGUGUUCUUCCCUCUUCUUUAACAAAUAUUUUGUUAAACUGGAUUUUCACAUGACUGCUUGCAGUUUUAAGCUGGAUUCACUCUGGCAGUCUGCUUCAGAUAAAUUGCAAUGAAUGGCAAUAAAAUUGGUUGGAAAUUAAGCUGCCCACCAUGUUUUCCUAGAGGCUGAAUUUAAGUGAUCCAUUGUGUUGCAAAUACACAGUAUAUCAUGGCAAAUGAAAUAUUAUAUUGCCCACAUUUUUUUGUACUUGAAAUUCUUCUUGGAAAGCUAGCAUGUCAAAACUGAGGUCUGGAACACUAAUCUGAAAUGAUUGUAAUGAGCUGUUCAAUCGAACUUGCAACUUACAAUUGAUGCUAAUUGUCUUUAAAUGAUUCUCUAAUCCUAAUGAUUACAAAAAAAAUCAGUAUUCUGUCCUUAAAUAUUGAUUUUUAUACCCCCCCCCCCCCCCCCGCUCUUUCUAAUGUAAUAAGUUGUGGUUAUACUUUUCUGAACAUGGAUGAAUUUAUGCUGUGAUACAAUGAGUAGUAAUGUUUGGAUAUAUUUAUUUAUUGAGUUUUUUGUAUGUUCUUACAACCUUGUAGGUAUGGAGGUAGUAAAAAAUAAUGUUGGUUUAACGCUGAUCUCAAAGGGAGCAACUUUGUGUUGCUUCUGUCAUGCAGCACAGCUAAUUUCAUACCAUCCCCUGUUAAGUAAUUUUCGUACUGUGUUUUUCAAACUUUCCUAUGUGGAGAAUUCAUAUUUGACAUUCCUGGAGAGUGCUGGUCUUAAUUUCUGUAGGAGAGUGUUUCAUUUAACCAAGGAGAAACAAUUCUUUCAAGAGAUGUAUUUUUUUUAAUUAGUAUGCAGCAACUGAAAUAAUAUUGAUAAAUUGUCAAUAACAAAAACAGUGCAAAAAUCUGAUGACAGAAAUCCAAGGGCCCAGACCCCCACUUACAUCAGUGUGUUAAUAUAAAUGGAAAUAUAAUUGACACUACACUUCUUAACAAUAAUCCUUUGUGGAAGGACUUCCUUCAGAACCAAGUACUUUCUAUUUUUUCCAUUAUGUGAGUAAUUCUAUAAGACCGUCUCUGUAAUUUUUACAAUUGGCUGUUGAGAGAAUCCUGUGCAGACAAACCACUACAAAGGCCACUAUGCAUUUUUGUAAUGAUGUGGGCACUGCUGUUCAUUGUCAAGUGUGAUUGCUUUUCUGCCGGUAUCUGUUUACUUGUAAAAUGAAUCAUCAGCCCAGGGCACCACAUGUUAGGUUCGUCACUUUGUCACAUAAUUGAGAGCACUCCACUGUUUAACUGUGAGUAUUGAUCACAUGAGUAGAAACCAUCUCUCAAUGCAGAAGGCAAAUGUAAAUACAGGUAAAACAAAAUAAUCUUUUGUGGAUUUUUUGGAGGGGGCAUGGAAUUUUCCAAUCAUUUUCUAAGUCUGACAUUUUGUGCUUUUACGAAUUGUAAAAGAUUAGAAGAAAUAUUGUAAUGAGUUUUAAAAACAGAACUCAAAUGGAAUUCAAAAUAACAUUGUAAUAUAGAGAUAAAUAAAUAAAAUUGAAAUUUG